GGAGGAGCCCUUGUUUCUAUCUCCAUCUUGCGGUUGGACUUGAUACCUGUUGAAGGUUGUUCCACAACCAGCCACACAAGGCUCAAUCACCGUUGAAGUGGGUUGGACAUCCUGCCACCUCCUGCAGGUGGAGACACUGACCGGCCAGAUGCAGUUCGAGGCAGAUGUGCGUCCGUGCAGUUACAUCACACAGGAGCCAAAGUCCGGAUGGCCCGUGGGAGGGGCAGCUCCCUCCCCACCAGGCAUGUGGGAGGAGGCAGGCGGGCGAAAGGGCGGAGUGGUGGGUGUGGACGUGGAAAGGCUGUGUCUCUCACUCAACAUCUCCGGGGUCUCUGGACCAGCUCCUACGGCCUGCGAGGAGGUCGGCUCCCUGGACGAAGGCAUGGACCCCAUCGACAAACCCCCGGAGUGCGGUGAAGAGGAGAGGUCCACCAACAGGGGCCCUGGUGGGAGCGAAACUCCACAUCAAACUCCAGCAAGUCUCCACGGCAACUGGGGAGGAAGCGAACAGGAGGUUGUGGGGCCAACGGUCCAGAGCGGGCAGAUCGCCACACAGCAGACGACGCCGCCCAGCGCCAACUCCAAGGGCGCCCUCCUCUUCAACCGGCGUAAGAAGCGGGUCAACCAGUUUGCGCUCGGUGAGCCGGCAGGCCCGGAUGGAGGGGGCAGGGAGCCCGAGGGAUGUCUAAGCCCCGAGGAGACCAGCGUGCCCUACUUCGAGCAGCAGUCAGCCAGCAUGGAGAAGGAGAAGGAAGAGGAGGUGGUGGUGGUGGUGGCGGCUAGGCCUCAGGCUGAGGAAGUGAAGGGGCCCAGCCUAACUGCCCACGCCGAGGCCUAUUUGGAGCUGCCGAGGGAGGCCCGAGGGGCGACCGAGGGCCAGAGGGGGGCCCUGCAGCCUUGGUCGGCCAAGACAGGCAUCCUGGAGCAUUCGAGACUCCGCAACGCCAGCCGGAAACCCAUGUUCACCUUCCACGAGCGGCCCAGGCUGGAGCCCAAUCCCGAGCUGCUGUCUCUGGUGCACGGAGCUGACGGGCAGCGCAAGGCCGCAGGUGGAGGUGGAGGUGGAGGCGGGGGCGGGCCAGGGCAGGGUCCGGGCGACGAGCUGGGCCUGGGGGCCGAGGCCUGCAUGCUAGGUCAGCCCAAGGCCCCGGCUCCCGGACCCCCUGCUGGCGAGGAACGGCCGGCGCCAGCCUGGGCCUCGUGCUUGAGGCCUCGAGAGCUGAGGGGGGCGCCGCCGCCUCUACGCAGGCCCGGGGGCUCGCCAGGUCUGUCCGAGGUACGGGGCAAAGGGGCCGAGCUGUUCGCCCGGCGCCAGACUCGCAUGGAGCGCUUCACCAUCGAGGGCCCAGCUCCUAGGCCCCCCUCGCCCACUGCCUCGCUGCCGCCCAGUUGGAAGUGCAGUAACAGUCUAGUCCUGCUCCGGGGCAGGUCCUACAAUGGCAAGGCUGAGGCUCCAGGUCUAGUCCGGGGUGGAGCAUUCAACAACAAAACCGAGGCUCCAGGCCUAGUCCGAGGCAGGGCCUACAACGGCAAGGCCGGGGCUUCGGGCCUAGUCCAAAGUACAGCCUACAGCAGUAAAGCUGAGGCUCCAGGCCUUGUCCGGGGCAGGUCCUAUAGCAACAAGGCCGAGGCUCCAGGCCUAGUCCGGAGCGGGUCAUAUAACGGCAAGGCCGAGGCUCCAGGCCUAGUCCGGGGCGGGUCCUACAGCAACAAGGCCGAGGCUCCAGUCCUAAUCCCGGGCGGGACCUAUAACGGCAAGGCUGAGGCUCCAGGCCUAGUCCGCCGGCAGAUCAGCUCGACCUCCUUGGUGCUAUUGCCGCCCACCGGGGCCUCUCCCACUGGGCGCGGCUCGGCUCCCCCUCCCCCUACCGCUGCCAGGCCGCCCGCGCCCAGGAUCAACGGUGUCGCUGCGGAGACGACUCGAGGCGCCGACUCACCCACUGCCGGAGUUGGGCGCGGAGGAACGACCACCCCCAGGCCCAGCUUCUCGGCGAGGAGAGCCGGACUCGAGGCCCAGGGGUGGACAUCUCCUGUGACUCCCCCGUGGAAGACCACCCUGGAACGUAGAACCAGUGGCCCCAGGACCUACAUGGACACCAUCCAGAGGGAGGCAGUGAUGAGUCCCCGGUCCCCCCCAAGCCCAGUCACCCCCUCGUUCUCGCCAGGGCCGGAGGUGACGGGGAGCCGCCGGCUGAAGGAUCUUCUGGCCAAGAACGUGGUGAUCGCGGCUCGUCGCAAGAAGCUCUCCGACUCCAGCGCCUCUUCUCCCGGCGUUCCCGGAGAGCCGCCGUCCCCCCUCAGCCCCCGGAGUGACUGCUUCUCCCCUCUCUCCCCGGGAGUCUCCCCUCCGGCCGCGUACAUCCGAUCGCCGCUGAGGGUGUACCGCAGAUCGCUGACCGACUCGGAGUUCUCCCUGGGCUCGGACGAUUCCGGAGCCCGGUCUCCCAGCUACCACAACUUCUGCCCCAGGGGCUGGUGUGCGAACAGACGCAGGACCAGCGAGCAAUGACUCCCCUCUCCACCGCCAGCGGGAGGUGCAGCGGGCAGCGAGAGGCCGCAGACUGGCAUCCAUCACCAAGACCCGCCAGGCUGCAGACACCCGGCAGGUCGGGCAGCAUCUGUGGAGGAAGGAACGGAGUCUGCAGCGAGAAGCCUUCAGAAAUCGAACACUUUUUAUCUUUGAAGCUUUCGAUUGCCAGAUCCAGAUCCAGCCCACCGUGUCUGUGCCGACCUGCUCACACUAAUUCUACGUUAUCCCACUUGCUCAUCCACUGCCUACACACUAGGGGGCAACUUUUACAAAGGGCAAAAUUAACCUACAAACCA